AUGGACGACCUGCGGGUGUGGUGGAUGCGGGACCGAGUGUACAAAGCCUUCGACCUCACCGAACCCCGUUUCUUCGAAGAGUUGCUGUCACGCAACGACGGCGAGGCCGAGGACCUCAUCUUGCACUUCCUCAACCAAACAAGCGACGAGGAAGCUGCCACAACACUCUUCUUCUACCGCAAGGUGGUGCUGGAGGAGGUGGACAUGGAGAUGGGUGAGCGCCUCCUCCGGCCUGCGUCGGGGCUGCAGCCACCAGCCCACUCGCCUCGUGCGGACACUGCCCUGGGCUCACAGUCCGCCUGGGACUCCCAAUCUGAGUCAGUAACCACUGCAGACACCUGGAAAAUUGUCAGACACAUCAUAGAGACGGUCCACCUCCAUGUGCUCUGUACACCUGUUCCUGAGGAGUUUCUGGACCAGAAUGUGCUGUUUUUCCUCAGAAAUACCAAAGAGGCGAUCUCCGAGGCAUCAGACAUGAAGGAGGCGAUGGAAAUCAUGCCCCAAACGCUGGAGUAUGGCAUCAUAAAUGGUGAUGUGCUGCAUUUUCUGAAGGACAUCAUAGGCCAGGUUUUUUUGCCUGCUUUGUCCUUCAAUCAACACAAGAUGGACACGAGCACGGGAUUAACAGACGGUUUCGAAUUUUCCAAGUACGACAUAGACCUGCCCAGCCUGCCGGGUGAGGUGGUGGAAUAUCACAGCGCCCAGUUAGUGCGGGAUGAAUUUCUGAUGAACAUUCAGAAAUUUGUCAGCAAUAUUCAAAGAACCAGGCAACAACUUGAAGGCGAGAUCAAGUUGGAAAUGCCCAGCAUUAGUGUGGAGGGAGAUGUGACUGGGCUUGCAGCUGACCAGGAAAUCGUGGACGUGUUGGAACAAUGUGUCAUCAACUGGUUGAAUCAGAUCUCGACAGCUGUUGAGGGUCAGCUGAAGAAGACGCCUCAGGGGAAUGGGCCUUUGGCUGAAAUUGACUUCUGGCGCGAAAGAAACGCAACCCUAAGUGCACUCCAUGAACAGACGAAGCUCCCAGUGGUCAGAAAGGUUUUGGAGGUGAUCAAGGAAGCAGACUCAAUGCUGGUGGCCAAUCUGCAGCCAGUCCUGACUGACCUAUUCAAGUUCCACAUGGAGGCCUCCGACAACGUGCGCUUCCUCUGCACCGUGGAGCGCCACUUUAAGAACCUCACCCAUGGGUCUGGCUUCCACGUGGUCCUGGACACCAUCCCCUCCAUGAUGAACGCCUUGCGCAUGGUGUGGAUUAUCUCCCGGCACUACAACCGAGACGACAGGAUGAUUCCCCUCAUGGAGCGCAUCGCCUGGGAAAUUGCCGAGCGGGUCUGCAAGGUCAUCAAUCUGCACACUCUGUUCCGAGAAAAUCGAGCUAGUGCACAGCAGAAAACCUUGGAGGCCAAGAAUACCCUUACCUUGUGGAAAAAGUCCUAUUUCGAUGUGCGGGCCAAGAUUGAGGCUUCCGGGAGAGAAGCGCGAUGGGAGUUUGACCGGAAGCGAUUGUUUGAGAGAACAGAUUACAUGGCAAUCAUCUGCCAGGACCUGUAUGAUAUUCUGCAGGUGAUAGAAGAAUUUUACAACAUAUUCGGUCCAGAGCUGAAGGCCGUGACUGGGGAUCCCAAGCGCAUUGAUGAUGUCCUAUGCCGGGUGGACAGCCUGGUCAGCCCCAUGGAGAAUCUAACCUUUGACCCCUUCAGUAUCAAGUCCGCCCAGUACUGGAAAUACGUGAUGGACGACUUCAAGAUCGAAGUUCUGGUCAUUGAGAAAGAAGCAAAAAGUUUUAUUGAUGAAUCUUUUAAGACACUUCGAUCAGCUGAAGCAGCCUUUGACAUGCUUUUAAAAUUUAAGCAUAUUCGUUCACGGGAAGCUAUUAACCGACAGAUGAUGAUGAAAUUCAAUGAUAUCCUUGCACAGUACUGCAAAGAGAUCGACAUAGUCAACAAACUGUUUGUUCAGAACCUGGACAACCCCCAGCUGUGUAAGAACCACCCCCCAGUAGCAGGUGCCAUCUACUGGGAGCGGUCGCUGUUCUUUCGGAUCAAACACACCAUCCUCCGAUUCCAAGAAGUUGAGGAGAUACUGGAGGGUGAUCGAGGACGGGAGGUUAAACAGAAAUAUUUGGACGUGGGAAAGAGAAUGAAGGAGUACGAAGAUCGGAAGUAUGAGCAGUGGAGAGACUUAACAGAACAGAUCCUCCCGACCCUCAUGAAGAAGAGUCUGCUUGCUAAGUCUCUCACCGUCACUGAUGAGCCAACCCCAUCUGAGCGAGGGGCGGCAUUUGUCAUAAACUUUUCACCGACUCUUCGAGAAAUUAUUAACGAGACAAAAUACCUGGAACAGUUGGGAUUCACGGUCCCUGAAUUAGCGAGAAAUGUUGCUCUCCAGGAGGACAAACUCCUCAGGUACACUGAUGGCAUACAGCGCAUGCUGGAUCAUUACCACAUGCUUUUAGGAACGUUAAAUGAGGCUGAAGCACUUCUUCUGGAUGACCAUUCCCAGGAAUUAGUCCGAGUGUUCAGACUGGGAUAUAAGCGGUUAAACUGGAACUCGCUAGGUAUUGCUGACUACAUAACUCGGUGCAAACAGGCCAUUGGGAAGUUCGAGUCCCUCGUCCAUCAGAUCCAUAAGAAUGCGAACGACAUUACCUCCCGGCUUACCUUGAUCGAGACUGUAAAUCUCUUCAAAUACCCAGUGCCCACCAGUGAGGAGGGGCUCCCCGGUGUGAAGGAAUUCUUUGAGCACAUUGAGCGAGAAAGGGCCAAAGAUCUGGACCACAUGGUCAGGUGGUAUCUUGCCAUUGGGCCCCUGCUGACCAAAGCAGAGGGUCUGGUCAUCCACACCAACACGGGCAAGGCCCCCAAGCUGGCCUCCUACUACGAAUACUGGGAAAAAAGAAUUUACGAAGUCCUGACAAAACUCAUUGUGAAGAACCUGCAGUCUUUCAAUGCUAUGAUCCUGGGCAACGUCCCUUUGUUCCAAACGGAAACCAUCCUGAGUGCUCCAGAGAUCGCUCUUCAUCCCAAUGCAAAUGAGAUCGACAAAAUGUGUGUCCACUGUGUCCGAAACUGUGUGGAGAUCACCAAGCAUUUCGUUCGUUGGAUGAAUGGCAGCUGCAUAGACUGCCCUCCUCAGAAAGGGGAGGAAGAAGAGCUCGUUGUCAUAAGCUUCUUCAACGACAUCUCCCUGAACUCCCAGAUCAUGGAGCAAGCUGUUAUGAUCCCCCAAAAUAUCCACAGAAUUCUGAUCAAUCUCAUGAAGUUCCUGCAAAAAUGGAAACGCUACCGACCCCUCUGGAAACUGGACAAAGCCAUUGUGAUGGAGAAAUUUGCUGCCCGAAAGCCUUCUUGCGUCUCAUACGAUGACAAGCUGCAGUUCUACUCCAAGAUUGCCUGUGAAGUCAUGCGUCAACCUUUAAUCAAGGACGAGCACUGCAUCAGGCUGCAGCUGGGGCCCCUGGCAAACACCGUGCAGGAAACCGCCAAGUCGUGGGUGGUUUCUCUUGGGAAGCUUCUCAACGAAUCCGCCAAGGAGGAGCUCCAUAACCUUCAGGAAGAGAUUGAGCUCUUGGCCAAAAACCUGAAGAAGAACCCCAAUACCCUUGAAGAUCUCAAGUUUGUCCUGGCGACCAUUGCAGAAAUUCGAAGUAAAUCUUUAGUCAUGGAACUGAGAUACAGGGAUAUCAAGGAGCGGUACCGGACCCUGGCAAUGUAUAACAUCAUACCAACUGAUGCAGAGAAAGAACUGGUGGGAAGGAUCGAGACCAUGUGGUCAACUCUGCUCAGUGACUCGUUGAACGUGGAGCACACUCUUGGGGGCAUAAAGAGAACGUUCACAGAGAUCACUCGAAGCGAAAUUUCAAACUACAGGCAGAUGAUAGAAAAAUUUGCUGAACGUUUUUACCAUGAAGGCCCUGGUUCUGUUGGUGAAGAUCUUGAUAAAGGAAUGGACCUGUUAGGCAGUUAUGAACAGGAGCUAACAAAACAUGAGCGUAACCGACAGGAGUUGGCCAAUGCUGAGAAGCUCUUUGAUCUCCCUAUUACAAUGUACCCAGAGCUGCUCCAAGUCCAAAAGGAGAUGAGCGGGCUGAAGAUGAUCUAUGAGCUCUUCAAGGCACUCAAGGCUGCUAAAGAAGAGUGGUCUCAGACCCUCUGGAUCAACCUGAACGUCCAGUUUCUCCAGGAAGGGAUUGAUACGUUUCUCAGGUCUCUCAGGAAGUUCCCCAGGCAGGUCCGCAACCUUUCGGUAGCCUACUACUUGGAAGCAAAAAUGAAGGCAUUCAAAGACUCGAUUCCAUUACUCCUGGACCUGAAGCACGAAGCCCUAAGAGACAGGCACUGGAAAGAGCUCAUGGAAAAAACAGGAGUCUCUUUUGAAAUGACUGAGACCUUCACCUUGGAAAACAUGUUCGCUAUGGAACUUGACAAGCAUGCAGAGGUUCUCAAUCAGAUUGUCACAGCAGCCAUCAAGGAGAUCGCCAUUGAGAAGGCUGUGAAGGAAAUCCUGGAUACUUGGGAAAAUAUGAAGUUCACCGUGGUCAAGUAUUAUAAAGGCACCCAGGAGCGAGGCUACAUCUUGGGGGCUGUUGAUGACAUUAUUCAGUGCCUUGAUGACAACACUUUCAACCUACAAAGCAUCUCAGGAAGCAGAUUUGUGGGGCCUUUUCUGCAAACUGUUCAUAAAUGGGAAAAAACACUUUCUCUGAUCGGAGAAGUUAUUGAGAUCUGGAUGCUGGUUCAGCGAAAAUGGAUGUAUCUUGAAAGCAUUUUUAUUGGUGGAGACAUAAGAUCCCAACUUCCAGACGAGGCAAAGAAGUUUGACAACAUCGAUAGACUAUUUAAAAGGAUAAUGGCAGAGACUCUCAAAGACCCUGUGAUCAAGAAAUGCUGUGAAGCCCCAAGCCGCCUUAGUGACCUGCAGACCAUCAUCGAGGGCUUGGAGAAAUGCCAGAAAAGUCUCAACGACUACCUAGACUCCAAGCGCAACGCCUUCCCGAGGUUCUUUUUCAUUUCUGACGACGAGCUGCUCAGCAUCCUGGGCAGCAGCGACCCGCUCUGUGUUCAGGAGCACAUGAUCAAGAUGUAUGACAACAUAACGGCCCUGAGGUUCAGUGACGGGGAAAGUGGGGAGAAGCUUGUGUCCGCCAUGAUCUCGGCAGAGGGAGAAGUCAUGGAGUUCCGGAAGAUCAUUCGAGCUGAAGGGCGCGUGGAAGACUGGAUGACGGCAGUUCUGAACGAAAUGAGAAGAACCAACAGGCUGAUUACUAAAGAGGCCAUCUUCAGAUACUGUGAAGACAGUAGCAGAGUCGACUGGAUGCUCUUGUACCAAGGCAUGGUGGUGCUGGCCGCAAGCCAGGUGUGGUGGACCUGGGAGGUGGAAGACGUCUUCCGCAAAGUGAAGGAAGGGGAAACGCAGGCCAUGAAGAACUAUGGCAAGAAAAUGCACCACCAAAUCGAUGAGUUGGUAACUCGGAUCACUAUGCCCUUGAGCAAAAAUGACAGGAAGAAAUACAACACGGUUCUCAUCAUCGAUGUGCACGCCAGAGAUAUAGUAGACUCUUUCAUAAGAGGCAGCAUUCUCGAAGCCCGUGAGUUUGAAUGGGAGAGCCAGCUCCGGUUUUACUGGGACCGAGAACCAGAUGAACUGAACAUCCGACAGUGCACAGGAACCUUCGGCUAUGGUUACGAGUACAUGGGCUUGAACGGGAGGCUGGUCAUCACCCCCCUCACAGACCGGAUUUACCUGACUCUCACUCAGGCGCUGUCUAUGUAUCUGGGUGGGGCUCCUGCUGGCCCUGCAGGUACUGGCAAAACAGAGACCACCAAGGACCUCGCCAAAGCCUUGGGCCUGCUCUGCGUUGUGACCAACUGUGGUGAAGGCAUGGAUUACAAAGCGGUUGGGAAGAUUUUCUCAGGCCUGGCCCAGUGUGGAGCGUGGGGCUGCUUUGAUGAAUUUAACCGCAUUGAUGCCUCUGUGCUCUCGGUGAUUUCGUCUCAGAUUCAGACAAUCCGCAAUGCUCUGAUCCACCAGUUAACCACCUUCCAGUUUGAAGGUCAGGAGAUCUCCUUGGACUCACGGAUGGGCAUCUUCAUCACCAUGAACCCCGGCUAUGCGGGCCGCACCGAGCUGCCUGAGUCGGUGAAGGCCCUCUUUCGGCCUGUGGUCGUGAUCGUGCCUGAUCUGCAGCAAAUCUGUGAGAUCAUGCUUUUCUCGGAGGGUUUCCUGUGGGCCAAGACUCUGGCCAAAAAGAUGACAGUCUUGUACAAGCUGGCCCGGGAACAACUCUCCAAGCAACAUCAUUACGAUUUUGGGCUCCGCGCCCUGAAGUCGGUGCUGGUUAUGGCUGGUGAGCUGAAAAGGGGCUCCUCUGAACUUCAGGAGGAUGUGGUGCUGAUGAGGGCUCUGCGAGACAUGAACUUGCCCAAGUUUGUGUUUGAAGACGUCCCUCUCUUCCUUGGCUUGAUUUCUGAUUUAUUUCCUGGACUGGACUGCCCACGUGUUCGUUACCCCGAUUUCAAUGAUGCCGUGGAACAGGUGCUGGAGGACAAUGGCUACAUCAUCCUACCUGUGCAGGUGGACAAAGUGGUUCAGAUGUUCGAGACCAUGUUGACACGUCACACGACCAUGGUGGUGGGGCCCACCAGAGGGGGCAAGUCCGUGGUCAUCAAUGCUCUGUGCCAGGCCCAGACCAAGCUUGGGCUGCUGACAAAGCUGUACGUCCUGAACCCCAAAGCUGUGAGUGUCAUAGAACUCUACGGCAUCCUGGAUCCUUCCACCCGGGACUGGACAGACGGAGUGCUGUCAAACAUCUUCAGAGAGAUCAACAAGCCAACGGAUAAGCAGGAGCGCAAGUACAUUUUAUUUGAUGGUGAUGUGGAUGCUCUGUGGGUGGAGAACAUGAACUCCGUGAUGGAUGACAACAAGCUGUUGACGUUGGCCAACGGGGAAAGGAUUCGCCUUCAAGCACACUGUGCUCUCCUCUUUGAGGUUGGAGAUUUACAAUAUGCGUCUCCUGCCACCGUGUCUCGAUGUGGGAUGGUUUAUGUGGAUCCAAAGAACUUGAAAUACGAGCCAUACUGGAAAAAAUGGGUCAAUCAAAUACAGAACAAGACAGAGCAAGGCGAUUUACAGCGUCUCUUUGAGAAGUAUGUGCCCUAUCUCAUCAGUGUGAUCGUGGAAGGAAUAGUGGACGGCCGACAAGGAGAGAAGCUGAAGACGAUCGUUCCUCAGACAGACCUCAACAUGGUCACCCAGCUGACCAAGAUGCUGGAUGCGUUGCUAGAAGGAGAAAUCGAAGACUCCGACCUCCUGGAAUGCUUCUUCCUCGAGGCGCUCUACUGCUCCCUGGGGGCCUGCCUGUUGGAGGAGGGCAGGGUGAAAUUUGAUGAGAGUGUUAAACGCCUGGCUUCUCUGUCUGCCGUUGACACAGAUGGUGUCUGGGCCGGUCCUGGGGAGUUGCCAGGCCAGCUUCCAACCUUGUACGACUUUCAUUUUGAUUCCAAACAGAAGAAGUGGAUCCCAUGGAAUAGACUAGUUCCAGAGUACAUUCAUGUUCCUGAGAAGAAAUUUGUUGACAUCCUGGUUCACACAGUGGAUACAACCCGCACAACCUGGAUGUUGGAGCAAGUGGUUAAAAUUAAGCAGCCUGUUCUUUUGGUUGGUGAAUCUGGUACAUCUAAGACCGCCACCACACAGAACUUCCUCAAAAAUAUGAACGAAGAGCUGAAUAUUGUGCUGAUAGUCAACUUCUCAUCCCGCACCACGUCCCUGGAUAUCCAAAGAAACUUAGAAGCCAGUGUGGAAAAAAGGACCAAAGACACAUACGGCCCACCCAUGGGGAAGCGCCUCAUAGUGUUCAUGGAUGAUAUGAAUAUGCCAAAGGUGGACGAGUACGGUACCCAGCAGCCAAUUGCUUUGCUGAAACUGCUCCUGGAAAAGGGCUACUUAUACGACCGUGGGAAGGAGCUGAACUGUAAAAGCAUUCGAGACCUUGGUUUCAUCGCUGCCAUGGGCAAGGCCGGAGGAGGCCGCAAUGAAGUCGACGCGAGAUUUAUCUCACUGUUCAAUGUCUACAAUGUACUCUUUCCUGAAGAGGAGUCUUUGCAUUUAAUCUACUCCUCCAUCCUGAAAGGCCACACCUCGACGUUUCAUGAGAGCAUUGUGGCCAUCAGUGACAAGUUGACAUUCUGCACGCUAAUGCUCUACAAGAACAUUGUUCAGGAUCUGCCUCCCACCCCUUCAAAAUUUCAUUACAUCUUCAACCUUCGAGAUCUCUCACGGGUUUUCAACGGUCUCGUCCUUACUAACCCAGAGCGGUUCCAGAUGGUGCCCCAGAUGGUGAGGGUCUGGAGGAACGAGUGCCUGAGAGUCUUCCACGAUCGUUUAAUCAAUGAGCCUGACAAGCAGCUGGUACAAGUCCACAUAGGAAGCUUGGUUGAGGAGCAUUUUAAGGAGGACCUGGAGACAGUGAUGAGAGACCCCAUCCUGUUUGGAGACUUCCGGAUGGCUUUGCACGAAGAGGAAGCACGCAUCUAUGAAGACAUCCAGGACUACGAGGCAGCAAAGGCUCUGUUCCAGGAAAUCCUUGAGGAGUAUAAUGAAAGUAACACCAAGAUGAACUUGGUCCUCUUUGAUGACGCCCUGGAGCACUUGACCCGUGUGCACAGGAUUAUUCGGAUGGACCGGGGUCACGCCCUGCUGGUCGGGGUCGGGGGCUCAGGAAAGCAGUCCCUUGCAAGACUGGCUGCUUUCACAGCAGGCUAUGAGGUGUUCGAGAUCCUGCUGAGCCGAGGCUACUCUGAGAACUCUUUCCGUGAAGAUCUGAAGAGCCUGUAUCUCAAGCUCGGGAUUGAGAACAAGAUGAUGAUCUUCUUGUUUACUGACGCCCACGUGGCAGAAGAGGGCUUCCUGGAACUCAUCAACAACAUGCUGACAUCAGGGAUUGUACCAGCACUUUUCCCGGAAGAGGAGAAGGAGUCCAUCCUGGGUCAGAUUGGACAAGAAGCUCUGAAGCAUGGUACGGGGCCGGCCAAGGAGUCUGUGUGGCAGUACUUCGUGAAUAAGAGUGCCAAUAAUCUGCAUAUCAUCCUUGGCAUGUCACCCAUUGGAGACACUCUGAGGACCCGGUGCAGAAACUUCCCAGGUCUGGUCAAUAACACUGGCAUCGACUGGUUCAUGCCCUGGCCUCCGCAAGCCCUGCAUGCCGUGGCGAAGUCCUUUCUAGGGGACAACCCGAUGAUCCCAGUGGAGAACAUGGAAGAGCUGGUCAAGCACAUUGUCUUGGUCCACGAAUCUGUGGGCGAGUUCAGCAAACAGUUUCUGCAGAAACUCAGGCGCAGCAAUUAUGUCACUCCCAAGAACUACCUCGAUUUUAUUAACAUGUACUCGAAGUUGCUGGAUGAGAAAACUCAGUAUAACAUAGCUCAGUGCAAGCGCUUGGAGGGUGGGCUGGACAAGCUGAAGGAGGCCACCAUCCAGCUGGACGAGCUGAAUCAGAAGCUGGCCGAACAGAAGAUCGUGCUGGCGGAGAAGUCGGCUGCUUGCGAGACCCUGCUGGAGGAGAUCGGCACCAACACAACCAUUGCGGAGGAGAAGAAGAAACUGGCCGAGGAGAAGGCCAUGGAGAUUGAGGAGCAGAACAACAUCAUCGCUGUGGAGAAGGCCGAGGCCGAGACGGCGCUGGCCGAGGUCAUGCCCAUCCUGGAGGCCGCCAAGCUGGAGCUGCAGAAGCUGGACAAGUCCGACGUGACAGAGAUCAGGUCCUUCGCGAAGCCGCCCAGGCAGGUGCAGACAGUCUGCGAGUGCAUCCUCAUCAUGAAAGGCUACAAGGAGCUCAACUGGAAAACCGCCAAGGGCAUGAUGUCCGACCCCAACUUUCUGAGGUCGCUGAUGGAGAUAGAUUUUGACUCCAUCACCCAGGGCCAAGUGAAGAACAUCAGAGGUCUCCUGAAGACACUCAAUACCACAACUGAAGAAAUGGAAGCUGUGAGCAAAGCAGGCUUGGGAAUGCUGAAGUUCGUUGAAGCUGUCAUGGGCUACUGUGAUGUUUUUAAAGAAAUCAAGCCCAAAAGAGAAAAGGUGGCCCGGCUGGAGCGGAACUUCUUCCUAACUAAACGGGAACUUGAAAAGAUCCAGAAUGAGCUGGCGGCUAUCCAGAAAGAACUGGAAGCUUUAGGGGCCAAGUAUGAGGCAGCCAUCUUGGAGAAGCAAAUGCUGCAGGACGAAGCCGAAAUCAUGGAGAGACGACUGAUUGCAGCCGACAAACUUAUCUCAGGUCUCGGCUCUGAAAACAUCAGAUGGCUGAAUGACUUGGGGGAGCUGAUGCUCCGCCGAGUGAAGUUGUUGGGGGACUGCUUGCUGUGUGCGGCUUUCCUCAGCUAUGAGGGAGCCUUCACCUGGGAGUUCCGGGAUGAGAUGGUCAACCAAGUAUGGCAGAGCGACAUCCUGGAACGGGGCAUCCCUCUGAGCCAGCCUUUCAAGUUGGAGAACUUGCUCACAGACGAUGUCGAGAUUAGCAGGUGGGGCUCCCAGGGACUGCCUCCAGAUGAGCUCUCCAUUCAGAACGGCAUCCUCACCACCAGGGCCAGCCGCUUCCCCUUGUGCAUCGACCCCCAGCAGCAGGCCCUUAACUGGAUCAAGAGGAAAGAAGAGAAGAACAACCUGCGGGUUGCCUCCUUUAACGACCCCGACUUCCUGAAGCAGCUGGAAAUGUCCAUCAAGUAUGGGACUCCCUUCCUGUUUCAUGACGUUGAUGAGUAUAUCGACCCCGUUAUUGACAAUGUCCUAGAAAAGAACAUAAAGGUCUCACAAGGACGGCAAUUUAUCGUACUUGGAGACAAGGAAGUUGACUAUGACUCCGGUUUCCGGCUCUACCUCAACACCAAGCUGGCCAAUCCCAGAUACACUCCGUCGGUGUUUGGGAAAGCGAUGGUGAUCAAUUACACUGUCACACUGAAAGGCCUCGAAGAUCAGUUGCUGAGCGUCCUGGUGGCCUAUGAGAGGAGAGAGCUGGAGGAGCAGCGGGAACACCUCAUUCAGGAGACCAGCGAGAACAAGAACCUACUUAAGGACCUGGAAGACUCCCUCCUUCGGGAGCUGGCCACCUCCACCGGGAACAUGUUGGACAACGUGGAGCUCGUGCAGACCCUGGAGGAGACCAAGUCCAAAGCUUCAGAGGUCUUGGAGAAGCUCAAACUGGCAGAGAAGACAGCCCUGGACAUUGACCGGCUGCGAGACGGCUACCGGCCAGCCGCCAGGAGGGGCGCCAUCCUCUUCUUCGUCCUGUCCGAGAUGGCCCUGGUCAACUCCAUGUAUCAGUACUCACUGAUCGCCUUCCUGGAGGUCUUUGGCUUGUCCCUGAAGAAGUCCAUGCCUGACUCCAUUCUCAUGAAGAGGCUCAGGAACAUCAUGGACACGUUGACCUUCAACAUCUAUAACUAUGGCUGUACAGGGCUGUUUGAGAAACACAAACUCCUCUUCUCAUUCAACAUGACCAUCAAGAUAGAGCAAGCAGAAGGGAGAGUGCCCCAAGAGGAAUUAGAAUUCUUCCUCAAAGGAAACAUCUCCCUGGAGAAAAGCAAACGCAAAAAGCCCUGUAGCUGGCUGUCGGACCAGGGCUGGGAGGAUAUCAUUCUUCUGUCAGAAGUGUUCUCAAAGGAAUUUGGGAAUCUUCCUAAUGACGUGGAGAAGCACCAGGCUCUCUGGCAGGCUUGGUAUGACUUGGAUUCGCUAGAGCAGUUUCCCUUCCCCCUGGACUAUGAUAAAAACAUCAGCCCGUUCCAGAAGCUGCUUAUUCUGCGUUGUUUCCGUGUCGAUCGGGUGUAUCGGGCUGUGACGGACUACGUAACUGUGACAAUGGGAGAGAAGUACGUGCAGCCCCCCAUGAUCAGCUUUGAAGCCAUCUUUGAGCAGAGUACCCCCAACUCGCCCAUCGUGUUCAUCCUGAGCCCCGGCUCCGACCCUGCCAGCGACCUUAUGAAACUGGCUGAGAGGAGCGGUUUUGGAGGGAAUCGCCUCAAGUUCCUUGCCAUGGGUCAAGGACAAGAAAAGGUGGCGCUGCAGCUCCUGGAGAUGGCAGUGGCCCGGGGGCAGUGGCUGAUGUUGCAGAACUGCCACCUUCUGGUCACGUGGCUGAAGGAUCUGGAGAAGUCGCUGGAGAGGAUCACCAAGCCUCACCCAGACUUCCGCCUGUGGCUGACCACGGACCCCACCAAGGGUUUCCCCAUCGGGAUUCUGCAGAAGUCCCUAAAGGUUGUCACAGAACCACCCAAUGGGCUGAAACUCAACAUGAGAGCCACUUACUUCAAGAUCUCUCACGAGAUGCUGGAACAGUGCCCACACCGAGCAUUCAAGCCUCUGGUCUACGUGCUGGCCUUUUUCCACGCGGUGGUGCAAGAAAGAAGAAAGUUUGGGAAGAUUGGCUGGAACGUGUAUUAUGACUUCAAUGAGUCCGACUUCCAGGUCUGCAUGGAGAUUUUGAACACAUACUUAACAAAAGCCUUUCAGCAACAUGACCCCAGAAUCCCAUGGGGCAGCCUCAAGUACCUAAUUGGAGAGGUCAUGUACGGAGGACGGGCCAUUGACAGUUUCGAUCGCCGCAUCCUAACCAUCUACAUGGACGAGUAUCUGGGAGAUUUCAUUUUUGAUACUUUCCAACCAUUCCACUUUUUCUGGAACAAAGAAGUAGAUUAUAAAAUCCCCCCGGGAGAUGUAAAGGAAAAAUUUGUUGAAGCCAUUGAAGCGCUUCCCCUCGCCAACACACCUGAAGUGUUUGGUCUCCACUCCAAUGCUGAGAUUGGAUACUACACACAGGCGGCUCGGGACAUGUGGACCCACCUGCUGGAGUUGCAGCCUCAGACUGGGGAGUCCAGCAGUGGCAUCAGCCGCGAUGAUUACAUUGGCCAAGUGGCCAAGGACAUCGAAAACAAGAUGCCCAAAGUCUUUGACUUGGGCCAGGUCAGGAAGCACCUGGGGAUAGGAAUCUCCCCGACUUCGGUGGUACUCCUGCAGGAGCUGGAACGCUUCAACAAGCUAGUGACCCGGAUGUCCAGGUCUCUGGCUGAACUGCAGAGGGCCUUGGCUGGAGAAGUGGGAAUGAGCAACGAGCUUGAUGAUGUAGCCAAGUCGCUUUUUAUUGGGCAAAUCCCGACUAUCUGGAGAAAGCUUGCCCCCGAUACCCUAAAGACCCUUGGGAACUGGAUGGUCUACUUCCUGCACCGGUUCAGCCAGUAUACGUCAUGGGUCACGGAGGGAGAGCCCGGUGUGAUGUGGCUCUCGGGGCUGCACAUCCCAGAGUCUUACCUCACAGCACUGGUGCAAGCUACCUGCCGGAAGAAUGGCUGGCCACUGGACCGCUCCACCUUGUUCACGCAGGUGACCAAGUUCCGCGACGCAGAUGAAGUGAAUGAACGGGCAGGACAAGGCUGCUUCGUCUCAGGCCUGUAUCUAGAAGGGGCUGGCUGGGACAUCGAGAGGGGCUGCCUUGUUAAAAGCAAACCCAAGGUGCUGGUGGUUGACCUGCCCAUUCUGAAGAUUAUCCCCAUUGAAGCCCACCGCCUCAAACUGCAGAACACCUUUCGGACGCCUGUGUACACCACCUCCAUGAGGAGAAAUGCCAUGGGGGUUGGGCUGGUGUUUGAAGCCGACCUCUUCACCACGCGGCACAUCUCUCACUGGGUGCUGCAGGGCGUGUGUCUGACCCUGAACUCUGACUAG